AGCGAGGCCAAUGAUGAUGAUGAUGAAUGGUGGUGGUGGUGGGGAGCAGCAAGGCAUGGGUGGUGAUGGUGGUGAUGGGAAUGAGAGACACAGCAGCGGUGGGAGUCAUGAACACGGCGGUGAUGGGUACAGCCAACAGGACGACGCUGGGGAAGGUUCGGCAACAAUGACAACGGCAGAAACACCGCGAUCAACAGCCAUGGAUGUGGAAGAAGAGCAAGAUGAAGCAGACGAGGAGCAGCAGACCACUACUACUGGUGCGUCUUCAUCGCGCAUGAGUACGCUGCGGUUUCGCAUGAGGCGGAACAGGAACAACGACUCCACGAGCAGUAGUGGCAGCACCACACGACGGAAGAGGAGAACACAAGUCCUUGGUGGGCGCACUGAGGAAGAGGCAAAUCAAGACAUCCUGUAUCUGCCCUGGUGUCGCCCGCCGUUUGCGAGGCAGCAGGGCUUCGACUACGAAAACUACGCCCGCAGACCAGUCAUCUCCUCAUACCUGGUCCUGGACCUCACGGUUGCGCGGGCCCUAGCAAACCUCGGCAACGCCUACGACAAACCAGAGGCGGACAUUGGCCGCAUCGACGUCUUCAUCCUCCUCUUCCUGCCCAUUUUCUGGCAGUGGCUGAAGACCUCGCACAUCACCAACCGCUUCGAUGUGGAAGACUUUGUGUCCACCAUCCUCUUUGCCGUGAACAUGGUCUUGAUGAGCUACGUCGGGGUCAACAUCGGCACCUGUGCCACCCGAUUCUUCGAGGACGCGGACAGAUGUCCACAAUACACAGGGAGCUUGACGGGCCUGCGGGCAGUGCAUUUGUUUCAUCUGUUGUAUGCCUUCCACUUCAACCGCCGCUUCAAGCGAUUCUUCUACAGACAGAUCUUCAUUGAGAGUCUUGUCCUUCUCUUGUGGGCCAUCACCUCCAUGCUCAACGAUGCAACAGAGACCAUGUGGUGGGUGACAAUCAGCUUUGAGUUGAUUGCGUUUGUGGUUCCGCACUUCUUUCCCCCGCAGUUCGCCCUCAAGCCCGAGGAACGCGUCCCGCUCCACCCAGACCUGCUCGCGUCGCGUCACCGCCGGUUUGCGAGUAUGGCGCUGGCGUUUGUUGCCGGCCGUGCCAUCGUCAACCUCAACGACGCAGAGACGUUUUUCACAUCACAGGAAGCGUUUCGCAUUGUGCUCACCGUCCUCAUUGUCGUCGGCCUCAAGCUGCAAUACUUUGACUUGGUGGAUGUUGACCGGCCCACCGCCUCCAGUGCAUAUGCGUCCAGACACCCGCUCGUUAGGACACAGGAGCACGACCGAUAUCGCGUUGCGUGGGAAGUGUCGCACUUCUUCCUCAAUGUUGGCACCGUGCUCGUCGGCAGCACGCUCAGCGACUUUGUUGGUUCGAAUUCGAGCCUGCGGCGGUACUGGCUUUGCCGCCCGCUCGCCUGCGCAUCCCUCGUCACUGUCUUCCAGCAAGUGCUGUCCUCCGGUGGGCUGGGCGGCUACCGAAAGCGGCGGUUUCGGAAGCAAAGCCGCAUCCUCUUCCGUCUCGUUGGCAUCCUCGUCACCUUCAUCAUCCCAGAUGUCAUCACAGUCAAGUCGGUGCAGGACAACACAUUCGCGGCGCUGGUGGUGCUCUGGUUCGUCUUCACCGUCGUCUUUGACCUCUGGGCACGCAUGCCAAGCAAGGACAAGAUUGCCUUCAACAACACGGCGACAUCCGAGCAGUCAACGCUGCAGACACAGCUGCUCGAACAACCCUAGCGCCCGUGCACACACACACACACACAUACAUGUGCACACGCACAUAUUCACAACUAUGCAUUUCUCCUUUUUCUCGUUCUUCGUCGCACUAGCCCUCAUAAUCAACAUGUUCGAUGAUGUGAGUACGGCAAACACAUGAACAACAGAUAGAACAGC